UCAUAUAUACAUGAAAACGCCACACCGAAUUCAAGCACAAUGAGCCAGCCAGCCCCCCAACACACGUCCUCUUCUCCACUAGAACGACCUCCAAAAAUCCUCUACAUAGACGCCCACGACUCCUUCGCAAACAACAUAAUCGGCCUCCUAACUACCCACCUCCACGCGCACGUAACCCGUCUCCCCAUAACUUCUCCAUCGUUGACCUCGCUCCCAACCCUCAAACGCACAAUACGCUCCUAUGAUGCUGUCGUUGUCGGACCCGGACCCGGACACCCUGAUAUCGCUGCCGAUGUAGGCUGCAUACCGCUGCUUUGGGAAUUGGACUCGGAAGAUCAGAUACCAGUGUUGGGCGUUUGUCUGGGGUUCCAGUCAUUGUGUUUGGCAUAUGGUGCAAGCGUGGAGAGAUUGAAGAGGGCGAGACAUGGGAUUGUUGCCAGAGUGAUACAUCGUGGCGGGGAGGGGAUGGGAGGUGGGAUCUUUGACGGAGUGGGCGAGGGGUUGGAAGCAACUAUGUAUCACUCUUUACAUGUCGAUCUUUAUCGUUCGAAGAGUGUGCGGCGUAAUGGGGAUGAGAAGGAGAAGGAUGCAGAGAUUGGAGGAGAGAUUUUCUGGGAGCCGACGGAGACGUGUCCGGAGUUGCAGCCGUUGGCGUGGGAUGUCACGGAUGUUGCUGCCAAUGGCCCUGUCUUGAUGGCCGUCAGACACAAGUCAAGACCGUUUUGGGGCGUGCAGUUCCAUCCCGAGUCGAUCUGCACGAACGAAGGAGGGAGAAAGAUGGUUCUGAAUUGGUGGGCGUGUGCUGAGAAGUGGCUGGAACAGCGUGGCGGUCGACGGAUGACACGUGAAAUGAAGUUUCGGGAAGAUGAAGGAGUUGGUGAAAAGACUGUUCGUUUUGCUUCGAGUCUUCUGGAUGGUUGUUCUCCAGGUGACAGUCCGACGAGCAAUUCGCCUAGAUCGCAUCUUGCGAGCCUGCUGCGAUCUGCGAAUGAGGACGACGGAACAACUCUGCGGUGGAGACAAUACUCCUUGUCCCCAGAAAUUACUCCUACAGUCCUGGUGGAAGCACUGGGCCAAAGACGCGAGGAAUAUGUUCUCCUUGACUCUCAGAACCAUCCCUCUGGCAGAUACAGCAUUCUCGGGCUCACUGUCCCCGACAAAACGAUGAGAGUCACGUACAAAGUCUCAAAUAAGACGCUGCAGUAUGGAUUCAACAAAAGCAAUACGCGUACGAUGCAAAUCGACUCCAUUGAUGAAGUCUGGCCAAUGCUGCAGGAAGCAUUAUCACUGUGCGAUCCGCGCGGUCGUGGCAUGGGAUCUUCCCGGGCAUCGAGUAACAGAUCCAGUAGCAGUUCUAUAGAACUGCAUCAUGAUGCCGAUGCCGAGCUUCCAGCCGACAGUCCGUUCUGGGGUGGCUUCAUGGGGUAUAUUUCCUACGAAGCUGGAUUGGAAACAAUCGAUGUCACCCCACACGCUUACUCUGAGACAAUCCCCGAUAUAAAUUUCGCUUUCAUGCAUCGAAGUAUCGUCAUCGAUCACAAAACGUCUUGCGUGUAUAUUCAAUCCCUACUGCCAGAAGACUGGACAUGGAUAACGGACACGGGGCGAAUCCUCGAUGAUCUAUCAAACCGCACCGAACUCGCUGCAAAAGACAUGUCGCUCGCCUCAGCCCGAGACAACGAAAUCCUAGACCGCAGUCUACGCACCGCACAAAUCCACCGUCCCUCAGAACCGACAUACCGCGACAAAGUCCUCCGCUGCCAGGAAUACCUCGCCACAGGCGACUCGUACGAGCUCUGCCUAACCGACUCGACCGCAAUCCACUCCCCAGGAAUCGACGACUGGACACUCUACAAGCGGCUCCGCCUCAACAACAAAGCCCCCUUCGGAGCCUUCCUGCGGCUCUCUGGCGUCUCCAUCGUCGGCAGCAGUCCCGAGCGCUUCCUGAGCUGGUCACGAACCGGCGCAUGCCAAUUCCGCCCCAUCAAAGGAACCGUCAAGAAAAGCGCCUCCGUGACGCGCGAAAAAGCGCACGAGAUCCUGCGCAGCUCCAAAGAGCGCGCCGAAAACCUCAUGAUUGUCGAUCUCAUCCGGCACGAUCUCAGCGGCGUCAUUGGCGCCCACAGGACGUGGGUGUCGAAACUGAUGGUCGUUGAAGAGUACGAGACGGUGUAUCAGUUGGUUUCGGUGAUUGAGGGUCAGCUCCCGGAGGAUGGGACGCGGCGCGGCCUCGAUGUGCUGAGGGCUUCGCUGCCUCCGGGGUCGAUGACGGGAGCGCCCAAGAAGCGCUCGUGCGAGAUCCUGGGGAAUAUCGAGCGUCGUCCAAGAGGGAUCUACUCGGGGGUCCUGGGGUACAUGGAUGUUGGCGGUGCGGGGGAUUUCAGUGUGGUUAUUAGAACGGCUGUGAACAGCCAUGUCCAGAGCGAUGUGUGGCAUAUUGGCGCCGGCGGAGCGGUGACGAUCCAGAGCACCGACGAAGGCGAGUUCCAGGAGAUGGAGACCAAGUGCUCGAGUGUACUUGGUGCGUUAUUCUCCGGCACCAGGGGCUGA